UAUAUGUGGUGUUUGUAAACAUGGCAGUGCCCUUUGUGGAGGACUGGGACCUCGUGCAGACCCUUGGAGAAGGGGCCUAUGGAGAAGUUCAGCUAGCUGUGAACCGACGCACUGAAGAAGCAGUUGCAGUGAAAAUUGUUGACAUGAAACGUGCAGCGGAGUGCCCAGAUCAGAUUAAGAAAGAAAUUUGCAUUAACAAAAUGUUAAAUCAUGAGAACAUUGUAAAAUUCUAUGGGCAUCGACGAGAAGGCACUAUUCAGUAUCUCUUCUUGGAGUACUGCAGUGGAGGAGAACUUUUUGACCGAAUAGAACCUGAUAUAGGAAUGCCUGAACCAGAUGCACAGAAGUUUUUCCACCAACUUAUAGCUGGUGUGGUCUACCUCCACAGUAUAGGAGUAACGCACAGGGAUAUUAAGCCCGAGAAUCUCUUGCUAGAUGAAAGAGAUAACCUCAAAAUCUCAGACUUCGGUCUAGCAACUGUGUUUAAAUACAAUGGUCGUGAGCGAUUGUUGAACAAGAUGUGUGGCACACUCCCAUAUAUCGCCCCAGAGGUCCUUAAAAGGAAAGAUUUUCAUGCUGAGCCCGUUGAUGUCUGGUCCUGUGGAAUAGUGCUCACUGCUAUGUUGGCAGGAGAGUUGCCUUGGGAUCAGCCUAGUGACACUUGCCAAGAAUAUUGUGAUUGGAAAGAAAAGAAAACAUACCUUUCACCAUGGAAGAAGAUCGAUUCAUUGCCCUUGGCUUUACUUCUCAAAAUACUAACUGAGAACCCUACAUCAAGACUUACUAUUGCAGAUAUUAAAAAAGACAGAUGGUAUACAAAACCUCUAAAGAAAGGUAUAAAGCGACCUCGGGUCUCUUCAGGGGGACUUUCAGAUUCUCCAGGAGGGUUUUCUAAGCACAUUCGAUCUGAUAUGGACUUCUCGCCCGUGAAAACUACUCACAGUGAGGAAAGAAGGACGUGUUCCAAUUCCCAGCCAGAAUUGGGCACUGGCCUUUCCCUAUGGGACAGCAGUCCAGCCAGUAUCGACAAGCUAGUGCAAGGGAUCAGCUUCUCCCAGCCGGCCUGCCCGGAACACAUGCUGGUGAACAGCCAGCUGCUUGGCACGCCCAGUUCUUCCCAGAACCCAUGGCAACGCUUGGUGAAGAGAAUGACCCGUUUCUUUCUGAAGCUGGAUGCUGCUCAAUCGUACAGCAUCUUGAAGGAGGUUUGUGAAAAGAUGGGCUAUAUCUGGAAGAAGGCCUGCACAAACCAGGUCACCAUAUCAACCAUGGAUAGAAGAAACAAUAAACUGAUUUUCAAGGCAAACCUGGUGGAAAUGGAAGACAAAAUUCUUGUGGAUUUCCGUCUUUCGAAGGGUGAUGGUUUGGAGUUCAAGAGGCAUUUCCUGAAGAUCAAGGGGAAACUUAGUGAUGUUGUCAGUGUGCAGAAGCUGUGGCUUCCAGCCUCAUGAUUGUGUUUGAAGUUGAGAGCUGAUCGAUAUUGGAUCUUGUCACUCUGACUUGGUGUCUUCUGCUGAGAGACAAUUAAGCCCGCCAC